AUGGGUGUUCCGGAUCUGAUCAUCGAUCCUGCGCUGAAGUACUGGGUUCUUGUGCCGAUCUCCAUAGCACUGCUGGUAUUUGCCCUGCUGAGACAUACGAUAGCCAUUUUGACAUCACCGUCUCCAAAGUUACAACCAUUGGCCAAGUUCAGGGAAUUGGAAGGGUUGAAGAGUGCGCAGGUGUUCAAGAGGAACUACUGGGUGCUGCCAAAACACGAUUUCAUCAACAGACAGUCGUUGCACGUGAAGAGGCUCACCGACGGCUCGCUAUUGGCUGAAGACCCGAACAACGAGCCUCAGAACCCAUUGGACUCCAACGGCAUGGAUGGUAUGAUGGACAUGGCCAAGGGCCAGUUCGGGAACAUGAUUGCUCAGACUGCGAUGAUGUCGUGGGUCAAUUUCUUCUUCAUGGGCUUUGUGCUGAUGAAACUGCCCUUCCCACUGACGCUGAGGUUCAAGCAGAUGCUACAGAAUGGAGUCGCUACAGAUGACCUCGACGUCCGGUGGGUCAGCUCAAUAUCGUGGUAUUUCAUCGCCAGCAUGGGGCUUGUGAGUGUCAUGAACGUUUUGUUCAACGACGAGUCCAUGGGAGAACAAUUGCAACAGCAGAUGAUGCUUCAAGGUGGACAGCCUCCACCAAUGAUGCUGGGGGCUCCAAAGCAGGACAAAGUGAUGCUGGCCGAGGCAAACGACAUACGGAUCAUUUCAUACGAAAGUGUACUGGAUGGCGUUGAGCAAAGAGUGGUUGAAUUGUACAGCUAA